CAAACAUACACACUCACAGACACACACACACACACAAACAUACACACACACAUGUCCCAGCAGUGCCACUAGACAAUUAAGAUAUUGGAAGUGGACAUGACCCCCAGCAUGGAGGCUCGAUCACGUCGCUCCGUGGGAGUUUCUCUGUAAGACCGUGUAUGUGCUUUGUCAAGAUCUGAUGAAUGGUAAUGCACUUCUUCAAAAGGAGAAAAAAAAUGGGGGUCUGUUGUGUUAGCCACCUCACAUCAGGGGUGGAAUAAUAAUGCUCUGCACAUAAGUUGCGUGACAAAUCCCUUUAAGGCUACUUCAAGAUUCUCCCCUCUGAUUGGUUGCGACUUAAAUGUAUGCGCAUCUUUAAACAAAGAGGUGAUGGCGGUUUGAGUUUAGACGGGCCAAGCGAGGGUGAUGGCUAGCUUUUGUGUAGUUAAAAUGGUCAGGUCUCAGGUCAGUUUAAGGGUUUGAUCUCUCAGUGGGUUUGAUUGAGAUGUGGUAUACCCAGAGUUGAUCCAAUAUCAGUUUCUCAACAGGACCCCUCGCCCCCAAGGCUGCCAAGUGCAUCGAGGGCAGCUUAUCCCAGCAUGCCGUUUUGCGCUCAUGCCUUUGGGCAUUUGGAUCCUGUGAGAUGACAGCUUGAGGUAUGUCAGUAGAUCUGAGUAUCAGAUCCCUACUUACUUGUCGUGUAGAUGUGGCUGAGAUGCUGCAAUUAAUUUACUUCUACAUGAUAAAAACAGUCCUUGUAACAAAACUUUCUCAAGGUAAUUGGCCACAUAUCAACAACUAUAUAAAAAUAAACCUACAAUAUGUUAACAUAAACCACAUAAAAAGUAAUUUCUAAGUCUUCAGAGCAUUUCCACAUAAUAUAAAAUUCUUUCAAGAACCACUAUGCGUUGACUUGAUUCGAUUUCCUGAAGGAAAUAUAUACAUACGCACCUGUCCGGUGGAGGGCGCUUUUCCCCCCCGAUACACGCUAGAUGCAGAUAAAUAAAUCACUCAGCCAAUAGGCUUUCGUCAUUGACUGCUUUGUUAAAGCAUUCAGCUCCAUGGGAAACCAUGAUUUCUAAGUGUAAUCUUGGCAGUCGCUUCCCGUGUAAUGUCGAGGUCGUUUUUUACUUUAUUUGUACGUCUGCCAUAACCUCUGACCUCCCCCACGCCUCCACACAUCCAGUCACAGCCCCGUCUUUUGUCCCUCGUACGCCCGUGAAAUCCUGAAGGCACCGGCGCCUGUGAUCGCGUUGUUCUCGCACGGAUUACAGACAGACAGAUGGACACCGGGUCCUGUCUUAACCAAAUCCUCUCUCACAGGAUAAAACACAUCUCAAGAGAUUCCUGUCUCUCAUCUCAUUCCUGUCUCUUACCCCCUCGAUUUUGUUUAUAACGUUACUCAUUUAAUUCGUCACGUCAGUCUCCCCAAAAAAUAUCAAACCACACAAUCAAAUCAACAAAAUGAAGGGCUGAAUUUUGACGCAUAAAUGAUUUAUCAAUAUAAACUAGAUUUUAAAAUAUCCUAAACUACACACUCUUGUAGUGUCUGCUGAACAAUAUACUACUAUGUGUGAUCAAUAAUAAGCAACAUUCUGUCUUUUGUUAUUAAUUGAAUAGUGUGCUACUACAGUUGUGUUGGAAUAAUAUUAUAAUAAGCUCCAUAAUCAAGCUGUGCAUGACGUGUCUUACCUGUUGUUCGUAGGCGUCGUUCCAAGCGGGCGGGGCGAGACUUGACAGCAAAAUCGGUUACAGAGACCCUCUGUGAAGCUUUAUACAGAGCUUGCCUGGAUAUCCGAUACUAAUACGCGCUGUUUGUAGUCUUCAUUUCGCCGUGAAAAUAUUACACUGUCGGCUGUGGACGGGUUCUUCUUGACUUGGCAAUUGCCGACUAACUGGACUCUAUUCCGGAAAUUUAAAUGGAACCAAAUGAAAUAGCCAAAACGGAGUGAGCGCUGUUGUGCGAUAUAGGAAAGGGCUGAAGCGAGGGAGCUUGCUCUGACAAGCGCGUUUAUUUAUUGCACUUAUUUUAAAACAUCCCGCAACUUUGACUUUGUUUUGAUAUUCAAAUGUUAUAGUGGCUUCUGCCAUUCAUUUGUAUCAAUAAUUGCACUUUUACGCCUUAUGCUGUAGGCGAAGCUACUGCUUCUUAUGCAGAAGCGACCAACUGAACAAGGCAGCUUUUGGCUUACAUUUGGUGUCAUUCCUUUGCUUUCUCACAAUUUUGUGUUUUUUUAUAUCUUUAGUGUAACCUAACAUAAUUGAAGCACUGUGACGGGUGAACCGUGCGCCAGGACAUAAUCUAAAAUAAGCUUUAGCAAUAGCACAUUUGAAUUGAACUUACCGACCGGGAGAAGAAUGGUUCGCAGCUGAGACCGAUCACUGGACGGUAACCCCGGACCAAUACGUUGUGUUGUUUGGAUCUUCGGAACAUGAAGAAGACGGCUGCCUGUCUCGUCGCUGGGCUAUUGCUGCUGUGCUUUCUCCUGUGCUCCCGGGCAGCUACACUGAACGGCUAUGGAGUCAAGUCACGUGACGUCCUGGGUCCGCGGCAGUUCGGCGGCGUGUCCAACUUCAGCACCUUCCUCCUGGACCACUCCACGGGGACGCUGUACCUGGGCGCACAAGACGCCAUUCUGGCCGUGAACACCACCAACCUAUCCCAGCAGCCCCUCAAGAUUCUAUGGGAUGUUCCGGAGGACAAAAGAAAGUCAUGUGUGGGCAAAGGGAAGACUGAGGCUGACUGCAGGAACUACAUCCGCCUGCUGCAGUUUCUAGGAGAUGGUCGGAUUUAUGCCUGUGGGACGUAUGCCUUUGAUCCCCAGUGUGCUUUCCUGAACAUGUCGAGCUUCUCCCUAGAGGCAGCCGAGGAGGGUGGCGUGCAGAUGGAGACCGGGAAAGGAAAAUGCCCCUUUGAGCCCAGCCAGCAUUACACAGCAGUCAUGGCAGGAGGGAUCUUGUACACGGCUGCCACUAGUAACUUCCUGGGCACGCUCUUCGAUAUCUCCAGGGUAACGGGCAUUGAGCAAGAGCGCAUCCGAACAGAGCGAUCCAUCAACUGGCUUAGCGACCCAGAAUUUGUCAGCUCAGCCUUCAUCGAGGAAGACAAGGCCAACAACCCAACUGGAGAAGACGACAAAAUCUACUUCUUCUUCACGGAGGUGGCAAAGGAGUACGACCUGUAUACAAAGGUCAAGGUGCCGAGGGUCGCCCGGGUCUGCAAGUCGGAUGUGGGCGGCAUGAAGACGCUGCAGCGGCGCUGGACCACGUUCCUGAAGGCCCAGCUGGUGUGUGAGGACCGGGCCAGCGGCCAGCGCUUCAGCGUGCUCACCGACGUCUUCACCAAGCAGCACCGGCCCGGCGACCCCAGCAGCACGCAUUUCUACGGCAUCUUCACCUCCCAGUGGGACAGGGUGGAGCAGUCUGCCGUGUGUGUGUACAGUCUGGCUGACAUCAGUAAGGUGAUGGACGGCCCCUUUAAGGAACUGAAGAAGACCUGCGAGAACUGGAACAACCCUGAGCCCGUGCCCACCCCACGACCAGGACAGUGUCUUAACCACGCUCUGAAGGCCGAGGGUUUUGACUCCUCUCUAAAGUUGCCUGAUAAGGUGCUAACGUUCACGCGCGAUCACCCCCUGAUGGAGAACAGUGUGGUUUCAGCGCCCCUGCUGGUCAGAAGGGGGAUAACAUACACCAAGCUGGCCGUCACCCUCUCGUCCGUCAACGAUGAUGACAAACGCACUGCUGUCGUGUUGCACCUGGGCACAGAUCGUGGGGAGCUGCACAGGGUUGCAGUAGUUGGUCAGAAUGCAACACUGCUACAAGAAAUCCCUUUGUUUUCCUCUCCCUUUGAGCCAAUCAACAACAUCCUUUUAUACAAGGAUGUGGCGCUAGUGGGCUCCCCCUCCUCUCUGGUGCGGCAGGCGGCCAAGGGGUGCGCCCUGUACCCCAGCUGUGAGGUGUGCGCCCGCGCCCGGGGCCUGGGCUGCGUCUGGAACCCCAAAGCAGGAGCCUGCGACGGGGUCGGCACCGAGCGCGGAAAUGGCGAGUUUGAAGACCCACUGAGCCAAUGUAACACUGGAGAAGGUCGUUGUUCUCCUGCGGUGACAGAGGUGCGUGUUCUGGAUGGCCUCCGCGUGCUUCUCCCCUGCGUCCAGGUCUCCCCGCGCCCCUGCUUCUGGCAGCACCGCUCCCACCGCCUGACGCGCCAGCGCCUGUCCGACCUGGAGGUGCACGUGACGCGCGACACGGUGGGCAAGUACGUGUGCCUGUGCGAGGAGGGCGGGCGCGAGCAACCCCCCUGUCGGCGCGCCGAGUACCACCUCACCCUGGCGGACCCCACCGCGGGGGGCAACGUGGCCCUGGCCGGUGGCGGCCGCCACUUCGUGGCGUGGUACGUGCUGCUGUUCGUCCUGGGCAUGAUGGCGGGCGCCGCGGGCAUCUUCUGCCUGCUGCUGCGCCACCGCCGGGCCGGCGGGGGCAAAGGCGCGGGCCUCAGCUCCUCCAUCUCGGAGAAGACGCACGACCUGCUGCCGUCGUCAGACACGCCCCAGUCCCCCAGCAGCGCCAGCCUGAUGUCGGAAGCAGUGCCGCUCACCAAGCGCAACGGCACCCUCAACGGCCACGGAGGAGGAGGCGGCGGUGGCCGCAACACCGGGCACAGCGACCACGGGCACAACGGCCCGCACAUCUACUGCAACAACAGCAGCAGCAGCGGUGAGGUCAAGCUGUCCGAGUCGGGCACCAAGCUGGCCCACCACCACGGGCUGGAUGGGCGCGAGAGGCCGGGGCCCGAGGGCGAGGAGGGCGAGGGCUUGUCGGAGGGGCUCUCGGAGAUGGGCGAGGGCCUGUCGGGCCUGGAUGAGGAGCUGGCUGGACUGCAGGCAUUCCGCGGAGCACCGCUGGCACAGUGUGAGGAGAGCUCCAUCUGAGAGAAAGAGAAUGAGUAAGACAGAGAGGGAGAGAGAGAGAGAGAGAGAGAGAGAGAGAGAGAGAGAGAGAGAGAGAUGGAUUGGGGUGAACAUGGCAGAGAGAAAGAAAAAGAUAUUGAGGGAUGGAGAGAUGAGUUGAUGACAGCCACAGCCUUGACUGCCACUCUGUCACUGUGAACAGGACACAGAGCCAUAAAACAAGAGCUGAUAGUGACAUGUGUACUGUGUGUGUGUACUGUGUGUGUGUCUGUGUGUGUGUACUGUGUGUGUGUACUGUGUGUGUGUCUGUGUGUGGGCCGUCUGUGUGCGGUUGGCGUAUGUUUUGUGUUUUUUUUUUUUUUGUGUGCAAACAUAUUCCACGUACCCACAAACCUGUAAACAUGUCAAGAUAUCCACACAGGAAACACACGUGUGUGUGUGUGUGUGUGUGUGUGUUUGCUGACUGUAUGUAAACCAUCCACACCGUUCCCAUUCCCUGCCUCUCUUUGUCCCUCUCAUUCCUGUAUGUGUGUGUGUGUGUUACACAUCUCACACUUGUGACUCUCUGUUAUACUGAGUGUGGUGCAAACGCACACACACACUCUACAUUCUCUCCUCCAUGUUAGAGGGCCAUGGAAAAGGGGGGAGACUCCUCUUUUAGUGGUUAUGAGUCGGCGUGCACCUUUUGGGUUUACUGGGACCAGGGACACCAGGACAGUGAGACCCGUGACACAGGAACUCACACUCACAGUUGGACCAAUAAGGCUGAGUUGAGGAUGGACCAGUUGAGGAGGAGGUCAACGGACAGUGCUUUUGACAGGCCAAAACCAAAGACCGCAGAGUCAGCGAGAGGUCACGAAGGACGUUCGGCCAGAGGAGCCUACGCCUGCUGGGCCCGAGACUGGACUGGACUCGAGGGGAUUCUUCCUGAAUUCGCACUGCAGGACUGUCUGCCUAGAGAUGCAACUGCAGUCAGACCGAAGUAAUCGAAGCAGGAUAUGAGAGCCGGUUGUUAGCCUGUAGUUGUUUAUCUCACACCGUUCCCUGGAAACUCUCAGCACCUUGGCAACGAGAUUGCCAAUUCCUCCAGGAUGUUAUUUGGUU